UGGCAGACAGCGCCGUGCCGCGCCGUGUCUCGACCACUCUACUCAGUCCGCGAGUGAGCGUGGCCGCAGCGUGGCGUGGAAGGCGUGGAAGGGGCACAGCGGCGAAGCACGGCGACGCGUUUUCGUUGCAACGACUUACGCCGGUUGCGUUUUCCUGCGUGCGGGCUGCGAACUUCAGAGAGAAGGGAGACUUCCGGAAGAGAAAGGGAGGCUUCCGAGAGCGUGUCGUCGCCAUCCUGGAUGCUGCGGUCGUGGGGCGCCGCGACGACGCCGCAUCGGUGCCUCCGCAUCGGCUGACAGGACGAGGAUCAAGGACCGAGGACCCCGACGGACAGGGUGACGCCGCGAGGUCCGCGACGCUGACGCCGAGCUCGGCUAGCUCCACCGGGCCAUGACGGCGGCGGCGCGUGCCGGGGUGCGCAAGGGCGGCCCCGAUGGCGGCGAGGCGGCCGUGCCGCUCACCAAGGAGGGCGCCGCGCCCGUCAUGCGGGCCCCGGACGGCGGCUGGGGCUGGAUGGUCGUCCUGGGCGUCGCCAUGGUCAACCUGGCCACCCGCUCGCUGGAGCCGUCCUUCGGCCUGCUGUUCGGCGCCACCCUCAAGCAGCUGGGCGUGGCCACGACGGGCGCCGCCAUCAUCGUCAGCACCCAGGACGCGCUCAUCAACUUCUCAGGGCUGUUCGCCGGGCCGCUGAUCCGGCGCUACUCGUACCGCAAGGUGGCCUUCGGCGGCGCCCUGCUGGUGUCCAUCGGCAUCCUGGCCACGGUGCCGGCCAACAGCGUGACGCACAUCAUCGCCACGUACUCGGUGCUCAUCGGGCUGGGCGUGGGCUUCUCCUCGGCGGCCACCUUCGUGUCGCUGUCGCACUACUUCCAGGCGAAGCGCGGCCAGGCCGUGGGGCUGAGCAUGGCCGGCACGGCGCUGGGCUUCAUGCUGGCCCCGCUGCUGGUGCGCUACCUGCUGGACGAACUGGGCUUCAGCGGCGCGCUGCUCGUGCUGGGCGGCGUGGCCUUCAACGGGCUGGCCGGCGCCAUCCUGCUGCAGCCCGCCAAGUGGCACCUGGUGCCCGUCGACCCGGAGCACGAGCUGCAGCUCGAGAUGGAGGAGCAGGACGAGCAGGACGACCCCCACGACACGCCCAUGAUCCGCGAGUCGGCCAUCGCGCUGCUGUCGCGGCCGCGCAUCGAGCUGACGCUCGUGGAGGAGGACGAGGAGGCCCAGCUCACGCUGCGCGCCCAGAACAACGAGCGGAAGACGUCCACCGUGUCCACGGGCGGCGGGCUGGCGUUCGAGGUGUUCACCGACCCCAAGAGGAAGUUCUCUGUCGUGGCCGCCCCGAACGACCCCGCCAACGCCACCUCCAAGGCCAGCCUGGAGGACUCGGAGCCUCAGCUUUAUCAUCCAUGUCGCAAGCUCUCCCAGCCAGCCAUGCCCCGCAACGCCUCUGUACUCAGCAUGGAGGACCAUCCUCCCCGCAGGAUGGGAUCUGGCAGGCAUGGUUUGCCGAGAAACACCUCUGUAGUGUCCAUGUCGGUCGCCGACAACACUGCCCACGGCGAGAGGAAGUUGUCCCGCACGACUUACGGCAUUCCGCGCAAUGUGUCUUGGAUCAGUAUGAGCGCCGAAGACACGCCGGGCCGGAAGCUGAGUCGUGCCGGCGGACUGACGCGGGCUAUGUCGUCGACGCGCAUCCGGAAAACGUCUGUGAUAUCCGCCAGUAGCUUGGACCUCACUGGGAGUCUCAUGGCUAUCGCUGCAGCAUCUCAACAAGAUAUCUAUCGGUCCACUCAAAACAACAAUACAAUUACUGCCUCACAUGAAAACAUCAAUGAAAAGGCUGACGCCAGUCCUGUAUCAUGCUGGAAGAGAAUAUCAAAUUUCUUAGAUCUUGAUCUCCUGAAAGACUCAACAUACCUUAAUAUUACAUUAGGGCUGUCACUCUUUUGGGUAGCUGAGCUGCAUUUUAAGAUGGUGGUCCCAUUUUUCUUGGCUGAUUUGGGUCAUACCAAAAAAGACACUGCCUUUUGCCUCAGCAUGGGUGCACUUUCUGAUAUCAUAGCUCGCCUUAUACUUCCACCUAUUUGUGACAAAGUGAAGUACAAAAAGAGAACUAUGUUCUUCGUCGCUUGCAUUUUCUUAACAAUUUCAAGAUCAAUAAUGGCUGAACAAACUGAAUGGGCACCCCUAAUUGCAAGUUUAGUUGUGUGUGGUUUCUUCCGUGGUGCCACCCUCAUUAACUACCAACUUACAGUGGCAGAGUGUGUCACUUUAGACAAAUUGCCAGCUGCUGUUGGCCUCAACAUGGUGGCUAAGGGAAUAACAGUCGUCUCUUUAGGCCCAUUACUCGGUCUCGUCAGAGAUGCCACAGGAAGCUACCCCAUCUUCAUUCACUCUCAGUCAUUUGUCAUGUCCCUAGGGUUGCUAGCAUGGGUGGUAGAGUAUUUGUAUUUGUGGGUGAAACACUCAUCUAAAAGACAUAGUGAAAUUUAAAAAGUCUGACUUUUUAUCAACGAAUUAAGUACAGUAUCAUAUUGAAGUCAUGUGAUUGUGAUGUCAUGUACUUUUAAGAUUUUAUUUUUGUGUGUGUGUAUAUUUUUAGGAAGCUCUUUGCUAGCUGUGGUAGUUCCUUGGACCAAUUUGAGUAUUUUUACUCAGAAUUAGUGUAUUGUUUUUCUGUUUUGGUGAUGCAACUGUACAUGCAUUUUUUUUGUAUGUGCCCAAACUGACUCAAAGAGGAUAAUAUGACUUAUUAUACUCUGUCAUUCUCUCUCUCUUUCUCUCUAUCUAUCUCUGUGAUUCAAAUUCUGUUAGCGAGAUGCAUUCUUAUUCCUGAGUUACUAAAACAAGGAUUGAUUACAGGAGUUGGUUCAUGGAUUUCUCUAGUAUGAUAUUUCUUGAAGAUAAGGAAUGUGUGAUCUUUUGGAGAAGAUUUAUAAUUACAGUUUGUCUUACUAUUAUUGUAACCUAGCUAAAUUUGAACAUCACAUUGGUUUGUGAUAUACACAUAUUUUCUCUCACUAUAUUUACAACAUUUUUCUAUUCCCUUGGAAUUUUUUAAAAAAUUCCUGAACCUUUGUAUUUUUUAUUGAAAUUUAGAACUUGGAAUCUGCUCUCUGGAAAUCAUUCCUAAUGCUCAAUGAAUUUUUUCUGCUUCAUUUUUUCUUGUAAAUAUCAUUGAUCAUCAAAAAUCUAUUUUAUAAUAAUUAGGACACUCGGCUUUUAGAAUUGUAGUUAAGUGUGUUUGUGUAUGUGUUUGAGUGUUUGUGUGAAUAUGUUGUACAGUUGAGGAUGGUUGGAAAAGAAAGAUAAGCAUUUAGUAUUUUUCCUUUUCCAUUUUAUUUCAUGGAAUUCAUAGCUUAUUGAUUUGUGGAGAUUUGAGACAAUAAACGCUCACAUGAUACAGCAGACAUGGUAAUCUGCUUAAAGAGAAAUGACCACUACAGUAUUCAUUGUUACAAAAUAAUUUAUAAAACAAAAAAAAAUUAAAAAAAUGAACCAGAACAAUAAGCUGUACCUGCUGCCGCUGGCACAUUUUUUGAAUGAAAUUGUUAGUAUAAGAGUCCGUAGGGUUCAUAUUUAAAACACUGUAGUAAACAUGAUUGCAUGACAAGGGGGUUACAAAUGUGUGCCCCUGCGCAUUCCCCUCAGGUUUUUCCCUGUAAGGUUGCCAAGGAAAGGGUAAACUUGUACACAAAGUUUGUCUUCCAUCAGUGCAGUGUUUGAGACACUGGGUCUCUUUAAGACUGUAACAUGCGCCUACAUGUAUAAAUAAUAAAAUAAAAUAUUUUAAGAAAACAACAAUUUAAA